GCGGCGCACAUGUGAAAGUUUCGCCGUGUUUUGCUCCCAGCAAUAUUUCGGUGAUUUGCUACUUUCAAAGCACAAAGACCACAUGGAUCAUGCAAUGGUGAAGAAGAGGAAAAGAAGGCCAAGGAAGUCGAAAGCAGAACAACGCGCAAAGGCUCUGCGGUCUAUUAAAGAUUCCAAAGGUUCUGACGUGCAGACGACCGUGUCACGGAAAGCCAUCGCAACAGCAGCCAGCUUGAUACCUAACCAGAACAUGGUAAAAAAUGUCCAGUCAAAACUGGGGACAAAACAUGAGAGAUUAAAACUUAAAAAGGCCAAGAGUAAGACUCUGGCACCUAACGGCCAUGACACACAACAUGGGAAUAGAGUGAGCAGUUCUACUUCGCCUGCCUCAUUAUCAACUGCGUCUUCAACUUUAGUUCCUGCAACUUGUAGGGUAAUUGAGCAGAAGCAUGCAGAGGAGUAUAUCUUAGUGAUAGAGCAUUGCCAGGAGGUUUGUUUCCAUGGAAAAGCCUUGGUCAGCUGUCUACAUGGAUCUGUAUUCAUCUAUGGAUGCACCCUCCACCCUGGACAGAAACCUUUACCUGUUUAUGCACCAAGGACUCACUCAGCUCUGUUCAUCACUCCUCUUCCACACGAGGAAAAAGAAGUAGUGUCAGAGCAUGUGAAACAACUUUUAGGGAAGGAUAUCAAGGAGGACACUGUUGUUGUGCUGCUUCAGAAGCUGACGUGUCCAAUGGUGGAUUAUGUGACAAGUGUGAAGGAGUAUGCUAAUGUCUUCUACUGGGAAAACAAGAGCAAGGAUAAAGAGGUAGAAAGAGUGAUGUCAUUGGAGGAUAGUAAGCUCCUGGAGUCCAUCGGUUUCCACGUGGUGGACGACCUCUCCUCACCUCGGCUGUUCACACCUGACCCUGUCAGGUCAGCCCUGUCAGACGUCUUGGAACAGGUGGAACUUGCAGUCACCAAGGGCACCGCAGCACCAGUCAUCCUGUUGUGUGGAGGCAAGAAUGCAGGGAAGUCCACUCUGGCAAGAUUUCUCAUCAAUCUUAUUCUUUCCAGUUGUGGAGAGGUGUACCAUCUAGAGUGUGACAUUGGGCAGACAGAGUUCACUCCGUCUGGGUUUGUGUCCCUGACCCACGUGAACACACCCACGGUCGGCCCACCCUUCACCCAUCAGAAGACACCUGACAGGUGUUGUUACUAUGGUCACCUAAGCCCAGGUGAUGACCCAGACAGGUAUGUCAGGACAGUAAGGUAUGUGCACCAGGGGUACAGGGGUGAUGCACCACUCAUUGUUAACACCAUGGGGUGGACACAAGGUAUGGGAUUACACCUGCUGAUGGACACGAUACACCUGGUGCACCCCUCCCACAUUCUGCAGCUGAAGGGGAGGAAAUCAGCUCAAGACUUACCACAGCUCUCUCCUGAGUUCCUACAUACACAGCCUGGCUGGACAUAUGCUAAUAUACAGGGAGAGAAAAACAAGAAUGAUGAUGAUGAUGACACUGUGCCUGUCAACCCAGAAUUGGUGUACCUACAAGUUGGGAAUGACAUGCCACGGCAUACAUGGUUCACAGCAUCCGAGUUUCGCUCCAUGGCCCUGAUGGCCACCCUCCGCUCCCUCCAGCCAGACAGAGGUGUCCUCCCCCUGAACGCCCUCACCCCCAGGGUGGUCCCCUGGAGCGCAGUGGCAGUGCACGCCUGCAACGCUGACGUUCCCCCUACACAGAUCAUGUACGUGCUGAAUGCCAGUUUGGUAGCCUUGUGCCAGGCAGAUGAUAAUGAGUUGUCCAGGCUGAGACAGAGGGCGCUGCCAGAUGGGCCAGUUGUGCUACAGGACACACCCAUCUGCCAGGCUGUUGGCAUAGGUGUAAUCCGAGGCAUAGACAUGGAGAGGAGACUGUUCUACCUCCUGACGCCUGUGGAAGAGGAUAGGCUACCAAGGGUUAACGUCCUACUGUGUGGUGCGCUGUCAGUCCCCACACCCCUCAUGUUGCAACAAACUGUAGAAGGACCUGUGCCUUAUGUGACGUCAGACUUCUCACCGGAUGGAGACAUCUUUGGUGCCACUCCACUAAGGAUCAGAAAGAAUCUACAGAGGGAACGUCGCCAAACUGGGGGAACAUCAGGAAUGGGAUUUGCCAGUCUCAACCAACAGGAACUUACUUAAUAUACUUUCUGAACUAUCUAAUGUAACAGGAUGGAUAUUUCUUCAAUUAAAUGGGCCAGAAAUGAUCAGUCCUUAAAUCAGAAGUACAAAAUCUAUUUUUAUAGAUGUUUUCACAUUUACACCAAGUGCACCAAGCUGCAUUGGGUUUUUUUUUGGGGGGGGGGGUUCAAACAUUGUCCCUUUGAAAAAUUCAAUCAUUAGGAACUCACUUUAUGUAUUUUUUUUCAUGCAACAACAAUGAUUUUUUUAAUUGUAUGAGCCAGAAAUGUAGCAUCAGUUCUCAAAUCAAAAAUACAAAAUGUAACGUUAGUGUAUAUGAAAUAUUAAAACAUGUUUUUGCUGGUUAUUUGCUAAAUACUUUCAAACGCGGUAUGUGUUCGAACUCACUCAAGUGUGGGCAGAAGUGUGAACUGAUGCCUAUUUCAAAGUCAACUACUGAAAAAUAAGUUCAACUGCUUUGUAAGGAAGGUCAUAGAAUUUCAAAUCAACUCCAUAUGAGGAGUACCUCUAGAUGCACUGGUACAAAGGUCAAGUGCCUAGGGCCAUGGACAUCACCCAGGACUGCAGUAAAAUGAUAAGCUUGGUGUGCCAAUCAUCAGGAUUUAAGAUGAACUUUGCUGACCCCUGUACCUUGCCUGGAGGAACCUUGCUGUCAUUGAUAGACAGAAACAAUUAUUGGACACAACAGGACAAUUGAUCACUCACCAUGGCCAGGGAUAAACGUUACUGUUUUGAGCCCAACAAUGUGGAGUCAUGGUUGCCUCAGGGGACCCAUGAACUUGUAGACUUAGUGUAGGUUUGGUGUACACAGAUGUGUACGAGAUAACCAAGCUUGUAAAGGCUUAGUGCAGGUUAAACCAGAACAACAUUGUGCAAUGCUGUACCAUGACAUAAAUAUACACGGGUGCAAAAUCCAGUAUAUUUCCCUAUUUAUACUUAUACAUAGUAUAUGGGAAACAAAUUAAUUCUUUGAUAGGACAUAAGAGAGCUACAUGUACAUUGUAACUUAAAAUCUAGUUUAAUUGUAAUUUUUUACUCCUAUAAUUAUAAUGAUAAGGUUGGCACUUACUCAAUACAUGUAUAUCCUUUUGAUUUCUACUUCAUAAUAUUCUCUAGGUCCCUAUAUUUACAUAGCUGAUGUUUGCAAGAUGAACAAAGUUGCCGUAUA